CAGCUGCUUUAGAUUGAAGUAACCCUCAGAAAGAGCAGUAGUCAUGUAUUGGAUGUUGAAAAUUGGAGUACUGGUGAGAAAUAAGGUGGAAUGGACAGUGGAGCUUUGGAGCCAGCCCCCAACGGGGCUGUGCAUCUGGACACUGUGAGGUCCCUGCACCAAACUGUGGUAUCCUUGAGGACUGCUUUAGAAGUAUCUAAAAAUGAAUUAAAGGAGCUCAAGGAGAAGUAUGAAAAACACUCACAGUGUAAUGAGUUCGCUGAUGUUAUUGAAAAACUAACAAUAGAGAACCAUAUACUCAGGAGGAAGAUCAUUGAUUCUGGUCAUGAGGAAAAAGAUAUUGAUUCACAGAAUAUUAAAUUGGAAGUAACAUACAGUCCCAGAACACAGACAAAUGAAGAUUAUAGCAGUGAAGUUGUUAUACAAACUCCAACAACUGAUGCAAACACAACAUUGCACACUUCAGAUGCCUGUGCUAUUGACACAGUAGAAGGUGAUCAGUUUUGCUCUGCUGAUAAAGUAAAUGAAUCUCUAGAAACACAACUCCAAUCUGCUGAGUCCAAGAGUAGCACAAAUGUAACAUCAUCUACUGAUGCAGAAGAGGAGGAAUUUCAGAAUAGUCAAGUAACCAGUUUUCAACAAGAAACUGAAGAUCAACCAGCAUAUAGGACUAAAUUGGAGUUGCUGUCAAAAUUUGAUGUUAGAAUCAAAGUUAGAACAUUGAAAGAGGGAGCCGUUGCCUCCAGUUCAACAUCUGACACUGACUCUAUUGCUGGUGAUAAAAAACCUGAUAGUGAUUCUUCAGACAUAAAACCUACUUUUCAAUUUAAAGAGAAGAAAGAUCAUUUUGAAAAUCUUGCUGACUCAAAAGGGAACAAAGUGAACCUUAAAACUGCAACCACAGAAAACGUAAAAAUGGCAGUCCCGAAUGAGGCAGAGGCCAAAUCUAAAGUGGACAAGUUUGAUGUACAAGUCAGAAUUACAUCUGAAGAAAACUUAGUUGUCAAAGAAAAUUUUGAGAGAACAAGAAGGAAAGACACCCUCAAUUUAGAUGUAGACGAUUUGAGUCUUAGGUCUAUGUCUGAAGGAGACAACUCGGUUUUCUCAGAAGGUGUCACCACUCCCAUUGAUCCGAAUGUUGGUAUCGGCACAGAUGAGAAGUUGGAUCAAGAAAAUGCUAGUGGAAAUGAGUCUGAGGAAGUGGACGAUAUAGAACUUAUAUUUACUACUGAUGAAUCUAAGGACAUGAGUAAUUUGCAGGAAGACUUAGUGUCUAUACGAGAGUCCGAUCACUGGGGCCCGUCAUCGAUCUCCACGCACUCCACCCACUCCACUCCAGUGCUGAUCAAGUUCCACACCCUCGAUCCAGACUUCCAACCGGGCGGGGAGACAAAAGACAAUGCCGUGAACGAAAACCAAGAAAACACCAGUCUUCAUGGAGUUAUCUCGGAGUCUUCUUUAAGGACCAAGAGAGUUUCGCUUCCUAGCGACAAAGAUAUUCGUCAUGUCGCUUUCAAUGGAAAAGGCAGCUUGGAUUUACCAGGUCGCGGAAUACUAAAGAGUUACGAGAAUAAGUCUGAUAACAUGCUUUAUAAAAGGAGUCCAAAUACAAGCACUAGGCGAUUGGAUAGCGUAGACAGUUUGACCUGCGAGUAUAAUAGAGGGCUAAGCUUCGAUAAUACGAAGUCGUCUAGCUUCGAACUCGGCUCCAGCAUGGAUAUCUUGCAUAGAGAAGAAAGUGUCGACAGCUUCCAGAGGCCGCAUCACCAUUUAGGACAUCGUUUCUCGGUUUUCGCGGAAGCAGAUAUAUCAAAAUGCGGCAUUUCUGAAGACGAUCUGGCUACGAAUCUGAAUGUCAGGAGGAAUACUUGCCCCAACCCAUUCCAAUAUAGGCCUUCCGGGUACCGAGUAUCGAGUCGCCCCAGCGGGCCAUUGAAGGCGGGUGGUCUUGGUAUAGGCGGUCGCCACAUUAGGCCGGUGUUGCGCGAGGGAAACGCGCCGCGUAGGAGCUCUGCGGCCCAGACUGACGUUUGCGCGCUGCCCAACCGAUGGAGCUCCGAUGGCUAUCUUGCGCACAAGAUGUGGUUGUCGCCGCCUACGUUGCCUCAUCGAUCGGGGCUUGGGAUGGGGCCAGGGUCGGGAGUAGGGGCUUCAAUGGGUACAGGGGCGGGGCGGAAGCUGACAGUCCCCAACUCCCGCCCCGCGCCACUGCCGCCCGACCACCCCGCUAGGGUCCCGCUCAGCGACAUCGGUUUUACGUCAAUGGUUCCGGAAUUGUCCCGCUCCGCAGAUCCUGUGUGGGCAAUGGGAAAGCGCAUGCAUGGGGAAUCCCCUGUGUCUACGUCUACUUCUAAGUAUUUGUCGCGUGGAUCUUCAUACCGCUCGCCGUGUGUCAGUAUCGACCGAAGCACUGAUUGGACCCCAAACCUGGGAUAUACGCACGUCUCUAGAGGUUUCUCUGAUUGCCGCGCGUGGCGUAGUUCGUUGCCGGAUGUUCGUUAUGACGAUACUGAUGAGUUGGUCCACGAGGCUGAAGUGUUCUUGCGCCGUUCCAUAGACAACUUCCGCUACAACUCGCUUGACUUCGGUAUUAGUUGCACGUGCGGUUGUUCGCGCUCAGAUCCUCAACCGUGCUCUGGCAUUUGUACCGGAAAUGGGAGUAAUAGUGGGGGUGGGGUGGAGGGGAAGCCUUAUAUACCGCGCGAGCCUCGCCACCUGAGGCUGGGGCACGCGGUGAAGGUCAUCGCCCCCAGCGGCCGUCUGCACGUGGGCCGAGUGCGCUACGUGGGUCUAGCUGGAGGUACAGCGGCCACCAGUUGCGUAGUAGUAGGCGGGGAAUUCCCCCUAGGAAUCGGAAGUUUGCCGCGGAACGACGGAGUCUACCGCGGCCGUCGAUACUUCCUCACUCAACCGCAUUACACUGCGCUAUUCGUACCCUUCUCGAAAGUUGUCAUGGCCUGGGCUAACUGAACAAGGGAUUUGAACUUUAAUUACGAGGAAGAAGGAGGAAAACCCUUUGGAGACACGAGGUAUGUAACCUUUUGCGAGAUACUCCUGAACUAAAAAUGAAAGUGUUUUGGAAUUGGUGAUUUGUUAAAUAACAUUUUAAAUUGAAUAUGUAUAAAUUACGAGGAAUAAGGAACAAAAUCCUUUGAAAACACGAGGUAUUUAACCUUAUAUAAAACCAUAAAACCAUUUGAAAAUGAAUUGUUAAGGUGUUUCGGAAAUGGUAAAUCUCGUUCACUAAUGUUCUGUAGUGAAUAUGUAUAAAUUGUAAAGAAUAUAUGUUAUGUAUUACAUUAUAUACAAAUUAAUAUAAUUUGAUAUAUCCUACCACAAGCAAUUUGUGAGUUACCGCAAAGUUCUGAGAUUAUUAUGGCCCUAAUAAAAUAAUGUUAGUAGGCGUCUGGAAACUUUUUGACGCGGGCCUAACUCUAUAAAAUACCAAAGCCUAAUUAUGUUUUUAUAUGUUAUACGUUUUUUUUCAGCACGUUGUGAAUUUCAUGCGAUUUUUUAUCUGUUCGAAUGUUACAUAACCAUAGUUCAAUAAGGUAAAUAUUUCUCAAAAGAUUUCUGCAUUAAUUAAUCAAAAAUCACAAAAAAAAUAUUGCUAAAUAUUGAUGUAAAAUUAAAACAGCUUGACAAUCUUAAUUUAUACUUAGAAUGUGUCGCUAUGAAUUCUAAUGAUAAUUAUAUAUUUAAUAUUAUAGUAUUAAUUAUUAUUCAAGGACAAAUAUUAAAAAAAAAACAAAUACUUAUUACAAAAUAAAUUAUGAAGUUUAAGCAGACAACAUUUUCGAAUAAAUCUUGAAAAAUGAUCUUUAAUGUAUGGGAAUAAGACAUAAACUCGGAUGCGUGUUCACUGUUAUAGUCUAGGCUAGUUUAAUGCAUAGUAAGUGUGUAUAAAUUUAUGCCUACAUUUAAUCUGAUUCUAUUACUCUUUCCUUCAUAUAGUUAACAUAUAAAGGUUAUAGAGGAAUAUAGUAAUUAAGUAUAUAUCGAGAUUAAGAUCAGAAUUGUAUGAUGAUGAUAUAUUAUGAUGACCCGCAGUUAUGUAAAAUGAUUAUGGUAGUUUAUAUAAAGGUAAAUAAGACGACAACGGAGAUGUCAAUUUUAAGCGAUGCUAAUUAGAGAUUGACCGUUUCAAUCUCUUUUAUGUAUAAUUUAAGAGAUUUUUCUUGCAGUUUGCAUUUGGAUUUUACCAACAGCCCUAUUUACGUGAUUUCCUUAACCGAAGACGAUUCCAUGCUCGAUCUCGAAUUGAUUUUAGCGUAAAUGUCAAUGAAAUUAACAUUAUUGCAACGGACCAUAUCGAAGCAGGGUUUGUUCUGAACUAUAUUUUUUAACAAAGCUGUUUUAGUUCAUAUUUCCAAAUCGCUAAAAACUUAGCAAUAUUUUUGUAAUACUACUUAAAAACUUAUUCUUCUUUAACUUGUUGUAUAAAUUAAAAUAUAAGCAUACAGCCUCUGAUGUUUUCGGUGUAAUUGAUACUUACUAUGACGCAAGUUUUGAGCUACUUUCCUUGGGAUCAGAAAACUGAAUGUGAUGUUGUCUAACAUAAUUGUUAUUAUAAAUAUAAAUAAACAAAAUAAAUAUUUCCAAUACUCACACCAAUUAGCCUAGCCC